ACCAAAUAGUGUGUUUGUGACAUUUGACAAUCAAUAUUUAAUGUUCCUUACCCUCCUUAUGAGGUAAAUACUGUAGUUGUGUAAUAAGGUUGUUAUUGUGAAUUAAAGAAAUGCUCAUCCAAAUGAUUCAAUGACAGAACAGAGAUGCAUAUUUAAAGAUAAUGCAUCGUGAUAAACAUCAGACGAUUUUCCUUUCUCUUUCAUUUACAAAUGUAGGACAAAUUUGAUUACAUUUUCUUAACAAAUAACUUUUAAACAAAACAGGUUUAAGUAUCUGACGGAGAAAAGAAAUGAGCCAUGUCUAAGUUAAAAUGUUUUAUCUCACUGCAUGUUUAGGUUAGUCUAUAAACUAUAAAUGAUAUAAAACAUCUGUAGAAAUCUGUUGUCUAAUCCCCUCUGCUUUCAUUUAGAUAGAUACUCGUAACUUUAUUCAUUAGUAUUAUUUUUUAUUAUUAAACCAAACAGGCUUUUUUAAUCAUUGUUAUUUGCUCUCUGUGUGAAUGUGUCUUUAUUCUGUUUGUAUAGCAGAACUGAUGAUCAGAAACAGAAAAUACUGCUGUGAAUUUAGGAUAAACGUAUUGAAUAAACAACACAGCUUUCAUUGACAUUGUAUUGGUGAUUUAAAAGUGAUCCAGCAAAGCUUGGAAAUAAUUAAAAUGAAUUGACACAAACGCUUUUAUUUUCUUAUCCAAGUGUCUCCUGCUUUUCAUGAGCUAUUUGACAUUCACAGCAUGUUGACACCAAAUUUGAUUUGUAAAUGAAACUUAAAAGUAAGAAAAGUUGUGAAUACGUGCAGUGAUGUGAAAUAAAUGAUGAGGAGGGAGGAGACUGAAAUCCAAGCAGACAAAGUGAUGGAUUGGAUUGAUUGAAGAGUAAAGUAAGGAGAGAGACGUAGUGAAAUUUCUUUCUCGCAUCUGUUUAAUUCUUUUUACACAAUCAGAGAUGGAGAAUCUCAUUCAUCUGAUUUUACUUUCUGGACUUGUUUUCAUUCAGAGUAAUUCAGCCACUUUAGAAGAGAAUUUAGCCCUUAAGGGAACAGCUACACAGUCAACCACAUAUUUCACCCGUGUAGCUCAAAAAGCCAUAGAUGGUAUAAAACAUGGACCCGGUGAAGCUCUUCACUGCGCCAUUGCAGGACAUCAACUUAAUCCAUGGUGGAGGUUAGAUCUUCUGGAUAGUUUUACAGUUUACACAGUGGUCAUCACCAACAGAGAAGACUGCUGUCCGGAUCAAACCAAUGGAGCAGAGAUUCGUAUCGGAGACUCACUGGAAAACAAUGGAAACAACAAUUCCAUAUGUGAUGUUAUUUUUAAUCCUACAGUAAACUCUACUGUCAGUUAUUCAUGUAAUGGGAUGAUGGGACGUUAUGUGAAUGUGGUCAUGACUGGACUACAGCCGUAUCUUUCUCUGUGUGAAGUGGAGGUCUAUGUCACAGAUCGUAGAAACAAAAGCUUUCUGAGGUUGAAAUUUCUUUCCAGUGUUGAUGUAGCAGCUCUGAGCAACAAAAUCCUUAAUAAGCUGCAGUCUGCUCUGUCAUUACACAUCUCUGAUUUUAAACUGUCCUGGACACAACUCCCUUAUAAAGAGGUACAACAUCAGAAGAACAAAGGCAAGUAUAAAGUCAUUUCGAAAUGUCUACUUUUUGUACACGUUUUGUACUUUAGUAUUCACCGUUUAAUAUAACACAUUCAUCAUAUUCAUCACUUCAAUUGUGUUUAGUUUAGUCUGUUAUGUAUCCUCAUCAUCAUGUGUGUGUGGUAUGAUUUACUGAAUCUUCUUUGUUUUUAACAGGAUCUUGUG